AUGAAGAAUAUCUACAGAAAACUACAAGACUUAUCCUGCACUGAUGUCUAUGGAGCUAACUUAAGGAAUCGUCCAAGUACACUUACGCAUAAUAUGUCGCUGCAGCGUUUAGCGGCGCUUCGUGCGCUUAUGGCCAGCCAGCCAUCAGCGCUGGCUGCUUAUAUCAUUCCGACUGCGGAUGCUCAUAAUUCAGAAUACAUAGCACCAGUGGACGCUAGAAGAGAAUGGAUAUCAGGGUUCACAGGGUCCGCCGGUACUGCGGUGGUGACAGGCACACACGCGCUCGUGUGGACGGACGGACGGUAUUACACGCAGUUCGAGAAGGAGGCAGAUCUCGAGAUAUGGACGCUUAUGAAGCAGUCACUACCAGAAACACCGACCAUGGAAAAAUGGUUGACAAGUAACCUCAUAGCGGGGUCGUUAGUGGGGGUCGACCCCCAUACUAUGUCUAGGGAUGAAUGGACCCCUUUACAGACAGCAUUAACUAAAGCCAAAAUGCAUUUAAUAGCAGUUGACAAUAAUUUAGUCGAUGAAGCGAGGUCGCAGUUGAAAGAACCCCCGCCAGAGAGACCCCACAACGAGAUUAUGUACUUACCCUUAGAGUUUACAGGUAAACCUGCUGGACAGAAAAUAAAGGAUUUGAGAAAAAAAAUGGAUGAGAAACAUGCAUCGGCCCUCGUUAUCACGGCUCUGGACGAAGUUGCGUAUACACUAAACCUUAGAGGUAGCGACAUAGACUAUAAUCCCGUAUUUUUCUCUUACCUCCUUAUAACUAUGGAUAAAGUGGUGCUUUUUUGGCACGAUGGAGAGAUUCCCAAGGAAAUAACGAAGAGAUUGUCAAAAGAAGGGGUAGAAAUGGAAGGGAUGAAGUAUAAUGAGACUUGUUUAGCUUUGAGGAAGUUAGCCCAAGAAUUAUCAGAAAAUGGCGACGGUGAGCAUUCAAUAUGGCUGUCCGGUGAUGCGAGUGAAGCUGUACAUAGAGCUGUUUCUGGGGAGGGCGUAUUGAAAAAACCUUUAAAUUUAAUAUCAGAAGUGUCUCCGGUGGCUUUAGAGAAGUUGGUCAAGAACAAAGUGGAAUUAGAGGGUUUCCGACAGUGUCACAUCAGAGAUGGCAUAGCUGUGGUUCGAUUCUUCAGAUGGCUUCAUUCCCAAAUAGGCGAAGGCGCUUCGGUCACCGAGGUGCAGGCGGCCGACAAGUUGCUAGAAUUUCGCAAAGAGGAAGAUCUAUUCAUGGGGCCGUCGUUUGAGACGAUCCCGGGGGCAGGGGAGAAUGGCGCUAUAAUUCACUACAGCCCGGCCCGGGAUGGGCCCCAGCGGGAGAUACGUCCCGCGGACAUGUUCUUGUUGGACUCUGGUGGGCAGUAUAAGGACGGAACGACAGACAUAACUAGAACCAGACACAUGGGCGACCCCUCGUCUGCUCAGAGGGAGGCCUUCACCCGAGUGCUUAAGGGACAGAUAGCUGUGGGGUCGGCCUUGUACCCUAAGGGGGUUAAGGGCAACGUACUGGACACCCUAGCGCGCAAGGCCCUAUGGGACGCGGGGCUGGACUACGCGCAUGGCACGGGGCACGGCGUGGGGCACUACCUCAACGUGCACGAGGGACCCUCGGGCGUGUCCUGGCGGCCCUACCCGCACGACCCCGGCCUGCGGGAGGGGCAGAUCCUGAGUAAUGAGCCGGGUUUCUACAAAGUUGGCGAAUAUGGCAUAAGACAUGAGGAUCUUGUGGAGAUCGUUAAUGUCACCAAAGAUUCUGAUCAUCCCAGAGCAAAAGACCUGCUCGGUGACUUCGAUGGGCGCGGCGUGUUGGGCUUCCACACGCUCACUCUGGUUCCAAAUCAAAGGGAAUGUAUGGAAUUGGACCUGUUGAAUGAUUUUGAAUUGGACUAUAUAAAUUCAUAUCACAAGCGAGUUUUCGAUACUCUGGGACCGAUUUUGAAGGAACGCAAUUUGAAUGACGAUUACGAUUGGUUGGAGAAGGAAUGCGCUGUUAUAUCUAGGUCC